UUCCGGCCUUCUCUUCCUCUUUGUCUGGCGCGGCGCGGAGCGGUGGACGCCAUUUUGAGCUUCCUUGUCGUCGAGUGAGGUACACGAUCAUCUCGCUGCUAACAUGUCGGACGAAGGAAAGUUGUUUGUCGGCGGUCUUAACCUCGACACAGACGAGCAGGCCCUGGAAGAACAGUUCUCCAAGUACGGGCAGAUCACCGAGGUACGGGUCAUUAAGGACCGAGAGACCUGUGUAUCGCGUGGUUUCGGCUUCAUCACUUUCGAUAACCCGGAGGAUGCCAAAGACGCGCUGCAGGCCAUGAACGGCAAACAGAUAGAUGGCCGCCAAAUCCGAGUGGGCCACGCUGAGAAGAAAUCGGGCGGUCGAGGCGGUUACGGCCGGGGCGGCGGCGGCGGCAGCGGUAGUUACGGCAGCCGCAGGAGAGGCUCCGGCGGCGGCUACUGGGACAGCGAGAGGAGCAGCUAUGGCGGCAGCGGCGGCAGCGGCGGCGGCCGGUACGAUCAGCAGGACCGCGACAACUACUCGGGUGGGUACCGGAGUCAGAGCAGUAGCGGUUACUUCGGAAGUCGCUACCGGGACUAUGAAGCUUCCUUGUCGUCGAGUGAGGUACACGAUCAUCUCGCUGCUAACAUGUCGGACGAAGGAAAGUUGUUUGUCGGCGGUCUUAACUUCGACACAGACGAGCAGGCCCUGGAAGAACAGUUCUCCAAGUACGGGCAGAUCACCGAGGUACGGGUCAUUAAGGACCGAGAGACCUGUAUAUCGCGUGGUUUCGGCUUCAUCACUUUCGAUAACCCGGAGGAUGCCAAAGACGCGCUGCAGGCCAUGAACGGCAAACAUAUAGAUGGCCACCAGAUCCGAGUGGGCCAGGCCGAGAAGAAAUCGGGCGGUCGAGGCGGUUACGGCCGGGGCGGCAGCAGCAGCGGCGGCGGCAGCGGUAGUUACGGCAGCCGCAGGAGAGGUUCCGGCGGCGGCUACUGGGACAGCGAGAGGAGCAGCUAUGGCGGCAGCGGUGGCGGCGGCAGCGGCGGCAGCGGCGGCGGCCGGUACGAUCAGCAGGACCGCGACAGCUACUCGGGUGGGUACCGGAGUCAGAGCAGUAGCGGUUACUUCGGAGGCGGAGGUCGCUACCGGGACUAUGAAUGAAGGGCGAGAAUCGACCGUUUGUGCCGGAUUCCCGUCGACUUGCCGCCCAGCGCGGCUCUUGGAGUCGCAGAAAGCCGCUGUGAAUGAAUUUGAUUUGCCUGUUAUGUUAAAAUGCUAGAAACCCAGUUUGACCAUUGUCUUGAUUAAUCUUGUUACUUGUUGUUUGUUCUGAGGUCUUCCUUAAGUUGGGCUUUCGACUUUGCGCCCCGCUUGCCAUGUGGUUUUCUGUGAUAAUUUUUUUUACCCGACCCACGGAGUCUCUGUGUCAUUGGGACGGUGUGUUGGCGAUUUAAAUUGCCCGAGUCUCCUUCCGUGAGCUUCUUUUGGAAUUUGUCGAAACGUUUCGCUUUCUGGUGAGCUCUUUCCACAAUUCCAUGCGGCGCAAAGAACGAAAUCGGGCGGAAAACAUUUUAACUCCCACUUCCUGACCACUUUAUCCGAUUGCCAUCUUUAAGAUCUCAAUGCGGAUCGCUCGAGUUUCUUUUGAUCGACCGACCGAUUUUCUUCACUUAAAUAUCUCGUAUUGAAGAUUGAACACCUUUUUUUCUAAAAAAAAAGCUAACCAUCCCGCAUUUUAACCGUUAAUGCCUUUAAAUAUCUUCUCUUGGACCAGUAAAAUGGAGCCCGUAGAAAUCAUUCAUUUGAGCGGGAAACAUUGUCUGUUGCCAACAGUACACCCGAGUGCUGAGUCACUUGUCUCUAAAACAUAAUGAGAAAAUCAACUACAGAGCAGCUCUUCUGUCGUACACCUUGUCACAGGCCUCUUGGAAAGCAAACUGAUCGUGAUAUUUUUAUUUUGAAACAUUUAUUGAAAACUGUAUACAUUUAAAUUUUAAUUUACCAUUGUUGUACUUUCAUCGGCUGGUGAGCCUCUUUUGGACAUCAAAUUGCCACUUGGGAGACCAAUCUUUGCCAGUGGAUGUAUCUGAAUAAAGUAGCUUCAGGAAUUCUA